GUCAGCUGGUGAUGAAGGGUAGAGAUGACCUCCGUCAGCUGGCGCGCCGUCUGUCCAUCUUGUUCCCGUCGCUCCUGUCGGAGGAGAACAUGAGGAGGAUCCGUCUGAGGAGCAGCUCCAAGCAUCGCUGUGUGAGCAGCGUGGAGGCGUUUCAGGAAGGACUGCAGCAGCACUGGAGACGCUCAGACGUGCAGUACAGCCACCAGGUGGACGACGAGUUGAUGCGUUUCUUCGAGCGUUGCCGUGGUUACGUGGAGGGCGUGGAGAAGAACCGCACGGCGCUGCUGGAGGUGGAGAAGUUCAAACACGGGGAGGAGAUGGAGGCCGUGAGGAGGAAGGUCGCCGAGAGACUGGGCCUCCGUCAGCAGGACCUCACUCCAGAUCUGGUCGAGGCGGCGUUCUACUUGUGUUCCUACGAGCUCUCCAUUAGAUCUCUUCACUCUUCGUGGUGUUAUCUGUUUGAUGAAGACGAUGCAAAGGUGUUGGAGUACAAGGCGGACCUGAAGCAGUACUGGAAGCGUUUUCAUGGUCAUGAGAUCAACGGUCUGUCCAGCUGUCCUCUGUUUCAUCACGUCUUCAGGACGCUGGACAAAGCCGGACGUCCACGCAGGUCCACUGACGAGUCUCCUGAGCCGGCCUCCAUCUUGGUGGGACACGGCGAGACGCUCCUCCCCCUCCUCUCCCUGCUGGGACUCUACAAGGACCAGACUCCACCCACUGCAGACAACUACCACUCACAGCAUGGUAGAAGUUUCCGGUCCGGUCUCAUCAUGCCGUACGCCGCCAACCUGCUCUUCGUCCUGUACGACUGCCAGGGAGGCCCGCGGCUGCAGCUGCUCGUCAACGAGUCGCCAGUUCGAUUCCCAGGGCUUGAGACGGAGGACGCGCCGCUGUACCGGGACGUCCGGGCCACGUACCGCCACCUGCUGGACGGCUGUGACUUCCACAGGGAGUGUGAGGGCAUGAGCGGCGGCCGGGGACCGAACACCGAACUCUGAGCCGCAGACACGAUGAUCAAUAUCUUGAUUUAUUGAUUUACUGAACACUGGAGUCAAACGGUCUCUGAGGCCCACUGAGUGUCUCUGACAGCAGCAGUCACUAGUGUACAAGUACACGUACGCAGUACUCAGAGGGCCUCCUGCUGGUGAACGGCAGAAACUGAAAAAACAGAUCCAUAAAUCUGUCUGCUUUAAAAUCACGGUUGGAGUUCUUCUUAUAAUACAAAAGGAUUUAACGGUAAAAGGGAGUUUUUCAUCAAGGAUGUUGUGACGUGUAGGCCUCUGCAAGCCCCGCCCCUACCUUUGUCCACCAAAGACAUGUGACCAGUAGUCAACGGAGAAAGACAAUUAAUGUCUGAUCAUUUAAAAGAUUAUUUUACAGUCCGUCAUAGUUUAAUUUAGUCUAGGGGUGAACUUCUUCUCUUGUCUCAUCACCUCAACAUAGCUAUGUUAGCUAGCGAGCUAACAUGGCUAACGUAGCUAAGUUCACACUGAUGUCACGUUUUCAUUCUGAAAUGUUUUUAGUCAUCGACUCUUUUCAUCCGUCGGGAAGAGAAGAAGAAAACAAACAUGGUAUCUUCAGAGAGAAAGUCAUGUCGUCUGUAUAAUGACGUAUUUUCUCAACAGAGUCUUUCAUGACUGUAAAAUAAGCAUUUAAUUGUGAAGUCACUUAAUGAGUUAUACUAAAUAAGAAGACACUAUUUUAAAAUGUUAGUUCAUCAUUCUUAUUUAAGAACUUUUAUUCCUUUUUAUUUAAUUGGACAUUUCUGUUUAAAAACAUAAUCUUAAUUGCAUAGUGCAAUUCUUCCCAGAUGAUUGAUUAAUAACUUGAAUCUUCAUGACAAAAGACAUAAAAGUAAAACCGGCUGCAGAGCGUCAGAAAUAUUCAUGCUGUUCUUCUUUUGGGUGUUUUAUUUUGGUGAACUGGCCCUUUAAUCUGCUGUAAACCAGAGCCAGUGUGGAGAACAAUGGUUUUUUGUUGGUGACACUUCAGGGUUCAUUUGUUUUAUGAUCUUUAUUUAUUUGAAUGAUCAUUUGAUUGUUUCUUUUUAAGCGUCAGUUCUUCUGAUGGACAACAGAUGCCGCUGUGAUCAACUCUGACUGUGUGGAAGUUUUUCACAAUAAGAGUCCCGUUAAGUCCGGUUCUGUUUCUGCUUUGUGUUUUCAGGGAGAUCAGUUUGAAGGUUAAAAUGGUGACUCAGCUUUUUAAAGGGGUCAGGUUUCAUUCCGUGCUUCUUCUUUCUUUGACUUCCUGUGGAACGAUGCCAAAUGUUUACACUGAAAAGCUUUAAUAAACUUUUUUCACUCAUGGAGAA